AGACGACAAAAAAUGCGAUUUCGUUUUUGUGGAGAUUUGGAUUGCCCAGACUGGGUCCUUGCUGAAAUCAGCACAUUAGCAAGAAUAUCCAGUGUCAAGAUGAAACUCCUCUGUGUUCAAGUCAUAAAAGAUCUUCUUGAUGAAGGCAUUGAUUAUGACAAGGUGACAAAGCUAACCUCUGAUGCAAAGUUUGAGGCUGGAGAUAUUAAGGCUAGUAUUGCUGUACUGAGCUUCAUUCUCUCCAGUGCAGCUAAGCAUGAUGUAGAUAGUGCAUCGCUUUCUAGUGAACUCCAGCAACUGGGUCUACCUAAAGAACACACAACUGGCUUGUGUAAAUCAUAUGAGGAAAAGCACUCUGCCCUGCAGGAGAAACUAAGAGACAGUAGUUUGCGCUUGGGUCGCCUUGAGGGUGUGUCCUGGAGGGUGGACUACACACUGAGCUCCAGCGAGCUGAAGGAAGUGAAUGAACCCACCAUCCAACUACGGCUUCAGGCUCAGGGGGCAGAGUCAGACACCACAGAAACUACUGUUGUUUCCAUGACAGCAGACAAGUUCAGGGUCCUACUCACUGAACUCAAACAAGCUCAAGCCAUGAUGAAUGCACUGCACUGAACCUAUAAAUUGAUCUGAUGAGUGGUUACUGUAAAUAUGUUGUGUUAAUGGACUUCGAGUGAAACACUCCGCCACACUGUUAAUCUAGAAUGAAAGAGUAUUCAUACUCUUAUGUAAUGUGAUCAUUUUGAUAAUUGACGAAGAUGAAGGUGAAUGGUGCUGUAUCAUUACAUCUCUUCACAGCACCAAAAUUUUUUAUAUGAACAGCACAUUUGUCAGAAAACAGAUAGAAGUGUGGCUUCCAGUCCAGUCAACAAUAUUAAUUUCUCAGAUUAAAAUGUUUCAGCAUCUUGUUGUAAUAUG